AGAGAGAGAUGAGCAGGGCGGGAGGGUUUCUGGUGCAACACAUAACUGGCCUCCUUCCAAUUAAAGAGGAGCGCUUAUGUUAUUGAGGAGCAGCUUAGCCAAUCAGGCGGCAGUGCAGGCAGAGACAGGAGGAAAAAAGCUGAAGAGCUAGUGGGCAAGAGGAAGGGGAACAAAAACUGCAGUGUGUGUAGUUUUUAACCCUCCUGUGAGCAGAUCUUUAUCACUUUGGGGACUCCGGCUGUAUUUGAAUGGGUGUCUGUGUAUGUACAUGUGGCAGAUCUUACAGGAGGACAGAGUAAAGUGUUUUGGAGCCUGUGGAGAAAGGGAAGCGCUCGGUGUCUGGGAGAGAGAGCAACCUGCACCAAAGGGUUUCUGAGUGACAACAUUCUCACUGUGAUUACCUCCAGCCACUUUUCAAGAUUCAAGAUUUUGGCUGGACUGCGCGUGCAGCCUAAAUGAAGACGUGGAACUUAUUCAAGCAACAGACAACGCCCAUGGUCGCUGCUAAGCCAACAGGGGCCAGUGCCUUGACUGUGACUCCAUCCCCUGUCUCAUUAGGUUCUGCUGACAACUCCACUGUACCAGUCAACAAGAACGAUGCCUUUGAUCAAAUCAAAAACAAGUUCCUCAAUCAAAUCGACAAGAUCCCACUGCCAUCCUGGGCCAUCAUUGCCAUUGCUAUUGUUGCUGCUUUACUUAUUCUAACAUGCUGCUUCUGCAUCAUCAAGAAAUGCUGUUGCAAGAAGAAGAAGAACAAGAAGGGCAAGAAGGGGAAGGGUGACAUGGGAAUGAAGAACCUGAAAGGGGGAGAGAAACCACAGGACGAUGAUGACGAAGAAGAUGAUGUUGAACCUGGACUGAUUGGGGAAGAGAAAGAGGAAGAAGUGAAGGAGAAAGAAAAGCUUGGGAAGCUGCAGUAUUCCAUUGAUUACGAUUUCCAGGAGAACAAGCUGACUGUGGGAAUCCUGCAAGCAGCUGAUCUCCUCUCCAUGGACAGCGGUGGCACUUCUGAUCCCUAUGUCAAGGUGUAUGUACUCCCUGACAAGAAGAAGAAAUUUGACACAAAGGUUCACAAGAAAACACUCAAUCCUGUCUUCAAUGAGACCUUUACCUUCAAGAUUCCAUUCCAAGAGAUGGGUGGGAAGACUCUGGUAAUGUCCGUCUAUGACUUUGAUCGCUUCUCUAAACAUGAUGUCAUUGGCGAGAUUAAAAUACCCAUGAACACACUUGACCUGGCUAAGCCAAUAGAGGAGUGGAGAGAUCUGGACAGCGCAGAUCAAGAAGAGCCAGAGAAGCUGGGUGACAUUUGCAUCUCUCUGCGUUAUGUCCCUACUGCUGGGAAACUCACCAUCUGUAUCCUAGAAGCCAAGAACCUGAAGAAAAUGGACGUGGGUGGACUGUCAGAUCCCUAUGUGAAAAUUAACCUGCUGCAGAACGGAAAGAGGCUGAAGAAGAAGAAGACAACUGUGAAGAAGAACACUUUGAAUCCUUACUACAAUGAGUCUUUCAGCUUUGAGAUUCCUCUUGAACAAAUGCAGAAAAUCCAGGCUGUGAUCACAGUGCUGGAUUAUGACAAGAUUGGCAAGAAUGAUGCCAUUGGAAAAAUUUGGGUAGGAAGCAAGUCCACAGGGGCUGGGCUUAAACACUGGUCUGACAUGCUGGCCAACCCUCGUCGCCCCAUUGCCCAGUGGCAUCCACUGCAGCCAGAGGAGGAGGUAGACGCCGCCCUCGCAGCCCUGACUGCCAAGAAGUAAAGUCCCACAUCAUCCCCAACUCCACCUACCUACCCAUGCAUUUCCCACCAUUUUCCAAGGUCCUAGUGUAUAUCCCAGAAGAACACCCUGACUGCACAUCUGCUCCCUCCACCCCCUCCUGCCACAUUUGAAAAGAUCCAUAGAUACCAUUUGACAUGAUGGGAAAUAUAGUUCAAAAAGCAUCAUGUUAUAUUAAAUCAUGUCAUUGAAAAGAGAAGACAAGAUACAGGAUGGACAGAUACUCUGUUGAUUUCCUUUAGAUCUAUUUUUGUAUUGAGGUCCUGGUUCCAUUGAUAGGAAUACAAAGCAGACUAUGAAGAACAGUAAGAGUGCUAUAUGGGAACCUGGUGAUAGAGGCAAAACAUGUCCACUCAUAUUGUACUUCUCACCCCUUCCCUUUAGUGACACAGUUUGCUUGGAAUAGUGCUUAAUAAUAAAAUGCUUUAUACUGCCAUAUGAUAGAGAAAUAACACAAGCAGGACCAUUCCUUAGGUGUAUUGUGCACCAUGUUCCACACCUGCCAUAUUAGAUGAUUCUGUUAGUUUAAUGUACAUUCCUAGAGUUGGGUAGCAAUUAGGGAUAGACAUAUAUCGGGUUACCCACAAACACACUGCCUUUUUGAUUAGUUCAUCUUCCACCCUUCGUCUCAGGAAAACUGAGAGGAAACUGAAACUCCAUGACUUUUUUCCUAAACGGGUUGUUAUUAUUGAAAUACCCCACUUGUUGGCUUCAAAAGUUUGACCGUUUGUUUUCUUUCAGUGACAUAAGCCUCACGCCUAGUGUUAGUAUAUCCAUGAAAUGAUAUGUCAGAGGAGAUGUUGAUGAAUUUUCAGUAAACAAAAAAGAGUAUUUGUGUAUCUUUGACUGUGCAAAAAAGGUUGCAUCGGUCAUCUGAACAGCAAAAAGCAAGGAAAUAUCAGAACGGGUACAACAGAGACUGAUUCCAACUACCAAUGACAUGAUAUUUUCAAGGUGUCACUUACUGCCUGCAGUGUACCACCUCCCCUCUCAACACCUCUGAUUCUGUAUCCCACUUGUUCAGUGCUACUGCCAUUAGUCAUGGACUUGACACAAGGGUUUUACUUCAGAGGAAUCCCUGUAACCGUCUUACAGUCAUAAAGGAGACAAGCCUUCCAAGUAACAAAAUAAGCAAUUUUCAACUACCAGGGACGCCUUCCAGUCAGCGGUGUUGUUCGCUUAAUUUCUUUCUUUCUUCUCUUUUCCUUUUAUUUAUUUUAUUUAUCCAGUUGUACUUUAUCUUAUUUUAUUUAUCAUCAAACACUUUUAUUCUUAAAGCACCUUAGAUUCAAAUGUUGCAUUUAAGUACCCUCAGAAAUCUGAGCUUUAAUUAUUUAUAUUAAGAAUAUCUGCUGGUUUAAAAAAAAAAACAAAAAACAGAAAAGAGCAAGGAAGUGCAUCAUGUAAGCUGUUUAUUGUUGUUUUGUUUUGCUUAAGCUUUUUGUGUAGAUAUUUUGAUUGUUUGAAAAUUACGUUCCUCACUUGACUGAAAGUACGUGGUCUGAAAGAAGGCACUGAUCCAUGUGUAUUUUAUACACAGCUUACCAAACUGUUGAAUUUAAUUGCACUAAUGGCACUAAUGGGUAUUAUAAACGUUGACCCAUGUAGGCUUAUUUUUUGUGAUAAAAUGUUGUGAGAUUGAAUAUUUCCCGUGGCACACCAGACAGGUCUCCUCAUAUAAAUGGAUUUGUCUGAUAAGAAAAGAGACAUAUUUCAUUCUAAUGCUGCUCCCUGGCUCCUUCACAGACUGUAAUUGAUUCAAUGCAUAUGUAAAUGAAUACUCCAGCUCUUCAGAUGUUUGUCAUUGUGAUAUUAGAAGAAAUGAGAAUGCAACAAAACUCACUGAUCAGGGAGAA